CUUCCCUCGCUUCUGAUUGGCUGCGGCGGUGGUCCAGGGGGGCGGGAGCUGUGCGAGUGUGGGCACCAGUCUGCCUGGUUCACAGAGAAAGGUGGAGACAUUUCUCACCGUCACACACUCCUGACUGUCACACACACUCUGACACACACUCAGCCACAGGAUCGGGACGCAGCUGAACGUACCAGGACUAUGGACCUGACCCUGCGAGAUGCUCUAGGUGGGGGUGGAGGUGGGGUUCCAGGCGGGGCCCCUGCCGAGGCCCUGCUGAAGAGGGACUUCAUGUCCUCGCUGGAGAAAGAGAGCUACGAUGACAAAGUGGCAGAGACAGUCUCCAAGAGUGACUACCGACCCUUACUGGAUGGAAAGGACACCAAGAGCGGUCCGGGGAUGAUGUCAUCAAUGAUGUCAUCAGGCGGACACCAAGACCCACCUGGGCAGCCUCCCUUCAGCACUGGCAGCCAGUCUGGCUUCUCUCAGUCUGGGAUUGGAGGGAUGAUGGGGUCCAGCCUGCCACCGUUCCAGACCAGCAUGAGCUCCACUUAUGGCCUGCCUGGGACCGGUUCAGCUAUGGACACCCAGAAAAGUUCCGGCCUGUUCGGAGUUGAAAACAAAACCACCAGUAAUACCAGUGGAAGCAGUCCAUUUAAGAGCAGUGAUCCAUUUUCUUCCGGAGGUCCAGGAAUCCACACUAUGGAUUUUUCUGCAGCUCCUGUCCUCUCUCCCGGCGGCUCAGUAGAUGACAUCAGUGCCACGUCCUCCACCUCAGAGGAGAGCCCCGAGAGAGCAGGGCCGGGGGAAGAGGAUGGCAAGCAGCAGCAGAGACGGCGCAAGAAGAGGAGGAAGGGCCGCGACGCGGUCUACGACUUCCUGGAUAGCCAGGAGAAGAACAACGGCCAAUCAGAAAAGCAUGGGAUUCAGGAUAAGGACGAACAUGAGGCAGAGGAUAAUGAAGACGAGGAGGAGAACUGGGAGUGGGAGAUCAGAGAGAGUGGAGGAGGGGGCAGGGUGAAAGGCAAGAAGAAUAAGAGUAGGGCAAGACUUCCAGAGGAGUGGGGAGCGCCACAGCAGCCUGUCUCCCCCCCACCUGCUGCGAUCGCUCCCACCUGGGCUACAGCCGCUCACUCUGGUGCAUCUGACUUCAAAACUCCAAACUCUAACCCCAGCCCUGUCUUGCCCUCUGCCUGUGUACAAAUACCCACAAAUUUCACAAACCAUUCCCAUGCUGGCCUUGUAACAGAUUCAUCACCACGCUCGUACGAGCCCAUGUGUUUAGAUGAUUUCCCUAUGUCUGCGAAAGACGCGCAAAAGGCAAACGAAGAGAAAGCUUCAGCUGGCAAACCUGAAGCUAAUAUUAGCACAGCAGCUAGUGCAAUAACUGCCAAGAGCAGUUUGGCUGGGGACGCUAGCGGUAGUCUAGCGUUAAUGACGGGGGACAAUCUGAGCCCAGUUUCGCAGACCUUCUCUUUCCUUGAUUCAGUCCUCCAGACCCCUCAAGCCUCAACCCCUGACUCGCAAACUACCACCCCCAUCACCAACACCCCCACCCUUGCAACCUUGACAAAGUCCGCCCCAAAAGAAACUGCCGUCCCUUCCUCAGAAGCUUUCUCCAUUUCCAACAGCUUCAAAGUCCUUACUCCAGCAGCCACCCUCCCAGCUGCAGUGGCAUCAUCUCUCAACGUUGAUGCCAAACCUUUCGUCCCUGCAGCUGUCUCCCUCACCUCAGCCACACCCCUUACUUCAGCCCUUCUCUCCUCAGCCCUUCCUACCUCAUCAUCAGACACUCUCCCCACAAGCUUAGCCACACGUCCUUACUCAGCCACGCUCCCUCCCUCCAUCACCCCCGCAGCCCCUCCCUCUCUCCCUGCACACUCAGAGCACCAGGAGUCCUCAACGCCACAGCUCCCCCCACUGGAAGUGAAAUCUGACAACAAGGACAAGCAGCCGAAGAUGGACAUCAUGGCCACUAAGACAGAGAAGACCGAAGCUUUCGACAAGAAAGAGAAAGAGGAGCAGCAGAAGAAAGACAAUGGGCCGGACAAGAACCAGAAGUCUGAGAAGAUUCUAAAAGACGAGGAAAAGACAGAGAAGAUGAAUGUGGAGAAGAACAAGGCCAACGAGAAGGCAGAGAAGGUGGACAAGCCAGAGAAGACCAACAAAGACGAGAAGAAGGAAGAGGAGAAGAAGCUGGCUGAGAAGAAGGAGGAGAAGGGAGGGAAGGGCACAGUCAAGUCCCCAAAUAGCAACGGCAGCAAGACCCUGCCAAGCUCAGACAGCAAGAGCAAGCCUGACAUGGGUGCAACCAAACCAAACUCCACCAAACCCCGUCCAUCCACCCUCUCCACCAAUGGCGAGGCCACCUUGACCAAACGCCCCUCCCCCACCCCAGCCUCUACUAAUAAAAAAAGCCCUGUACCCAAGGCGACCACACCUAGUGCUGCCAAGCGGCCGCCUACAUCUGCCAAGACUCCGGACAAUGGUACAGCUGAUAAUCGCCCACCUAUUCCAAAGGCCACAACCACACCACGUGCAGCUGCCAAUAAGAAUGGCUCCUCUGCGACCCCUGCAAGCAAAGCUGCUGUCAACAAGAAUGAGAAGCCUGAGAGCAAGACGGGAGAGGUCAAGAAACCCAAGACUACAGCCCGUCCUCGCCCAGCCUCCAACACCACUCCUGCUACUCCGGCUGCCUCCACCAAUGGUGACAACGCCACUCACCGCCGUCGGGUCAUCACCAAACCCCCUGUUCCCAAGCAGGUUCCAAUGGAGAAGAAGCCGGCAGUGCCCCGUGCUAAUCGAACCCCUCGGCCUCUCAAUGCGCCGGACCUGAAGAAUGUCCGCUCCAAGAUUGGCUCCAUUGACAACAUCAAGUACCAGCCCGGUGGAGGAAAGGUCUCCUCCACCCAGAACAACAAGACAUCAGACCCCUGCACCCCUGCUGCCAAGGCCAGAGUUCAGAUAGUGCACAAAAAGUUGGACUUCAGCCAUGUCACGUCUCGCUGUGGCUCCAAGGACAAUAUCAAACAUGUCCCUGGAGGUGGCAAUGUGCAGAUCCUGAGUAAGAAGGUUGAUGUGAGCAAGGUGACCUCCAAAUGUGGCUCUAAGGACAACAUCAAAUACAAGCCAGGUGGUGGUGAUGUGAAGAUUGAGUCCCAUAAGCAAAACAUUAAGGCUAAGUCUAAGAUUGGCUCUCUGGAUAAUGUGGGCCCCGGCAACGGACAGACCAAUGGACACAAGGAGGAGAAAGCAGAGGAGAAGACAACUUCUCCCCCAAGUGGUGCUCCAGCAACAGGACCAGCAGGCGUUGCUAAGGCAACAGCACCCGGAGGUGUUGCUAAGGAGAAUGGGGCGAAGGAGUCCGCACCUUCUCCUUUCGGGGGGGAUGGACUGAGGGAGCCCCUUAGCAUAGACAAGCGCAUCACUGAGACAAAUUGAGUCCCAGUGACUUGUAGAGUUUGGUGGGACACGCAUGGCCCUCGCCGACCUGCCAAUCAACAGGCCAACCUACCAACCACAGCGCAGUCACUUCCCUCUCGCCCCGCCCUUCAUCUCGCCCACCGCAGCACCAAACUGAACGAUCGCCUCUCAGUGUUUCUCUGGGGUCUGCUUGCCAGCCUCCCGCUACCAACCCUGACCUCUGACCUCUCGACAUCCUCGGGUUGACCUUUGGCCUCACCUGUAACAGAGAACAGCACUUGCUGUUUGUCUGUGUUUCUCCUUGUGGGAUACCACCAGCUUCUCGACUCAUAAAACUCCCCUCUAAGCACUUAGAUAACCUCAACACCUAAAAAACCCCUACGCAAUAACACCACCAUCGUAGUCAAUGCUGUAUUAACUAUAUUGAGCAGGUUUUUCAUAGAAGAUUUCCAUUUAUGAAUCUAAUUCUUAUUUAAACACGUGUACUUGUGGCCCAGACACCCUCACAACAGAGUUUUGAGGCUUAACUCUUUCACAAUUCAAAACCACUUUUAUCCUUCAAUGCCAAUGUCCCCAGUCCUUAUUCAUUUAGCUCACACUAACCAGCUGAGGGCUUGCUAGCAGCCAGCAGCACGACGAGACUGUCAAGUCGGCUUAAAAUCAACACAUUCCAGCCUCCCAGGCAGCCAGCAAUUAUUUCCAGAUCUAUAUUAUCUACAGCUCUGCACGAUGUCUGAUUAUAGAUCAUUCAGAUUUAAUCCUACAUUACUUCUCUUGGUAUUAUUGCACCGGUUUAUCUCUAAGAGUAUAGUAUAAGAGUUGAGUAGAUACAGAAAUGUAUAUGAAGAUGGUCAGUGCAGAAAGUUUUAGGACGUCAGAUAAUUCCUGUGUUAUGUUUUAAAGUAUUCAUUGGCAGUACUUGUGAGGCACUUUAAAGAUACAAUAAAGUGAAUGAGUUUGUGAUAGUCAUCAAGGUAGGUGGGCGUAAAGUUAUAGGGGGUCAUGUGCUUCUGGGUAGCCUUGGCUCAAAGAGGAUUUGGCACUGAACACAGUUAUUUGAUACUGGAGCCAAAUAUUUUUCUAAGUUAAGAUGUGUUUGACCUUGAAGGAGUGAACACUGAUUCAAGCUGAAGGAGUGAAACUGAACAAGAGCAGCUAACACUUGAUGGCUAGUGUUAGAUCUUGCGAGCUGCUGCACCCUUAAGUCAAGUAAUGUGAUAGCAUUGAUGCACAUGGUAUUGUAUGUAGCACUUUCCUUGUUGUAGACAUUGUGAACCACCUCGCCGCAAGCUGCAGUUUAAAGUCCAAAAGACACCACAACUUAAAGUGGUGAAAUGUUUUGGCAAAAUCACUGAACUUCAGCAGAUAAUCAGUGGUUUGUCUGUGGGCAAAGUAAAAGCAUGCAAAUGUUUUUAUAAUGACUUUUAAUUUGACCUGUGAGUCCAAAAGUGGUUUUCAUAUCUUUUUUCAAAAUCCGUUUUUAUUUAAGAAUCCCCUCCCAGAGUAUAUACUGACAGAGGAGGGUUAGGCUUUGCAGACACUUGAGACAGAGGAGUCUAGCAAGCUGAUUUAGAUCAGAGGACAGAAUAAACUCUUGUGUCUGACGUAGCUCUUGUAAUUUCAAUGCCUGCCAGGGUCUUAGAGGUUUGUUUGCCAGCUACAGUAGAUGUAGCCCCUGUGAGUAGUCCCUGCAACUCCAAGCCUCUAGAUCCAGGCUGUGGAUGAGUUUUGUUUUGCCACUUUCUGGUGUGACAGGGCUUCAAUUCACAGUAACACAAUAUCUUGAAUAUUUGUUCAUGCAACAAGGCAAAACACUUGGGCUUAACAGAGAUACUAUUUGGUUAUGUCAGCACUGCAGACCUCUUCAGUUUGGAUUAUUGAAAGUAAAAAAAGCACCUUAUAUUCAAUAUUAAAUAAAAAAAUACUCACUGUGUUACUUACAACCACCCAACUUUAAAUAAGCUCAUACACUCAUAUCCCACAAACCUAAUGGGCACUGAAAUGUUUAGUCUUUUCAGUAUGUCCGUAUCUGCCACAGUACAUGUUACCCUCUGUUCUCCCGCACCAUAAUAUUUUGGUUCCAACACUGUCUGAUCUCUCUGACAGCGAGAUAGUGAUACCAAACCUCCCCCGUAUCCUCAGUCCCACUCAUAGACAUGAACAGAAGUCCCCUAUGGAGGGGGGGGACCCCAGCAGUCACCCUGAGCUGCGUCUAGUACAUAUAGCCCUAAUGUGGCUAUUAGAGACGGACAGACAGACGGACCGCACCCAUCCUCUUGCGCAUGUGGCACGUCUUGGUCAUUCGGUUCAUCCCAGUGGGAUCAGGUCCUCCCACCAGCCAGUGCGUCUUAGAAACCCACUCUGUGAAACCUGCUAACUUUCUUCACACAAACACACAAAUAAGCACAGAUUCAUCCACAAAAGCACACACGCUUGUUAGUGUGCAUACACACACACACAGAAAUCAGCACAUAUACACAUAUACGGUAUGAUACACGAACACAAGGCAGCACCCUAAAAUGAAAACGGUAUGCUGCUCAUAAAGACAUUUCUCUGUUGUAGAAUGAAACCAACUCUUUAUUGUGUUUUGGUGGUCUAUGCUGAUAUUGUUAAAACAAUGAUGAGCUGUGUCGGUGUGUCGUUCCUGCCAUAGUCAUUGUUGGACGUUUGCAUCAUAGGCUCACCUCGUGCUGUCUCAUUUUUGUCUAUUUCCUCCUCUGGUGUUCCACUCUGACAUUGUUGACAGUAAUACAGUGAUCAGGAACACCUCCUGUUACCUGCUCAUACAUAUGAGGGACAGACAGACAGAGAAUGACCACAGAGUUUGACAGGUUAGAAGAGCAGCGAGUUUGCUUGCAGGAAGAGCCGUCCAUUUAAGGGAAUAAUGUUACAUUCAUGGCAAGUCUGACAAUUUCUUUUAAGUGAUUUACUUAUUUAUUUAUUAGAUACUCACUAGUUGAACUUACUAAAAGCUACUACCAAGCCAAUUCAUGUUACUACUGCACAGACGUUUCUAGGUAUCUGUUUCUUUGGCAUAUAUUUUACCGUAGUGUAUAUAGAUGGACGCAAAUUGCUCUUUCUAAUGCUGUUUUUUUACACACUAGUUAAGCCUUGUUUGUAAUGUAUAUGAUAACACUGGAUAUACAAAAGACAUAUUAAAAAAGAGCUAUUUACAAUUGUUAAAUUAUUCAACUUCACUGGACGCAGCUCCAAAAUGCCAUGAAUGCAGCAGUAUUUCAACGAGGCAAAGAAGGGCCUGCAAAUACAGCAGCUGGCACUAUCCAGAGGUGUUUCAAGUUGUCUUUCUAUUGAACAAGUCAGUCCUUGGCAAAUAGAAAUCCACAAUUUAAAUGAUUGAACAAUUUAAAAUAGUCGUAGCACACAAAAUCAAAUCAAUGAUUAAUGAGAAAUAAGCUCCAAGUUUGAGGGAAUUCUUUUUGUUGCUGUUUCCACAAUCUUCAAUGAUCUACCAUGGAGAAAAGGUGUGAAUCACCCUUUUUUUUUUUUUUUUUAAUUAAUCUAAUAAAUAGUUUUGGCAUUUUAGAUUCUAUUAAAACAACACUGUGAUGUGACUUUGAUUUACAGAACACAAGCGUUGUGAUGUGUUACACCAUUAAAAUUAAUCGAAGCAGAAGCGUCUUUAAGGAGAGGGCCCUGUCUAUUCACUGUAAUUCUAUGCAUUAUGCACUAUAGGCCGGGAUGGUCUCCACUGAAACUAUGAAGGAUUGGUGACAUGUUUGUGGUGUUUUGCCGUACCUGUCAGAUGUGUGAAGUGUUGCUACUGCAUCCGUCCUGCAGAGAGUGUUGCUUAGCUUCUGGAACACUGAUAGUCUGGCUCUGAGACCAAACAAAGGCUGGCUGAGAAACCUCACAUCACCAUUUAUGGAACUACUGUAGAGUUACUUGCUGUUCUCAUUUAAACUAGCUUUGAUGGCCACACUUAGUUAUUGUGUCUGGAAUCGUACAGCUAUCAAAACCAUAUGAGUAAUGUACAGUUUCCCCUUAAAGCUCUAAAGUCCUGUGCACUUUGAACACACUCUUGAUAUACUGAGGCAAUGUAAAAGUUGCUCAUAUUUAAUAUUGUACUGUUGCUCCAAAUCAUCGUCAUGAGAUGCCUAAAAGUAAAACACGUGGAUCAUAUGUAAGAAAAAAAAGGGAAAAAAAGAAAAGAACAUAGGGAUGAAUGCUCUUUGAUAGGUGAUAGACAGUGGUUUGUGUGUAUAGAAGUAGGAAGAAGUUCUAGUCUUAGGGUGUGUUGGAAGCUCAGUGAAAAGUAUCAUAUGAUGGAAUGAGUUCAAGUUGGAUAUCAUGGGUGACACAAUGGUGACCCUUUACUGUAUCUUGGUCAGCUUCAUGGGUUUUAGUGGUACUUUGGCUAUUUGUGUUGUGCUGUUGGUAUUGAUAGUUCAACACUGAAAUCUCCAGUCUGCCAUCAUGUUGUUCCUCUAACACUGACAUAAAGUUAAAGUUUCCAUGAAGUCCAGGGAGCUAGGCCACGAGAGGACUGGCAUCAAGGUACAGCAUCAUGAGUGUCAUGGUUGAAUUCCAGUCCUCUAGCAUAUGGUAUGUUAAGUAAUGUUCAAAAGAGAAGAUAGCAACUUGCAGCAACUUCAUUUGGAUGAGUUGCGUUUAAACCUAUGAGGUCUCCUUCCUUGUGCCAUUGUGUACACAGGAAGUGAGUGAAGCCAGAUAGACAGCGGGUUUUGGGUGUUGGUGAUGAUAAAGAGUGGGAUUCAGUUUGAAAAUGUAUGAAUCUACAGUAAAAUCAAGAAAAAAUCAAUAUUGAUACUAGCACCUCAAAAGUCUCAUAUAUGGGUUGGGCAAUACUUCGUAGUGUAUGUUAAAGCAGCGGCACACGGAUCUAUCCAAUAGAAGCAAAUAUCUGGUCCCUGGUACAUCACUUUUAGAUAAGGAAAAUGAAACACUAAUUGCACUAAUUAUGUGAGGCGUAAAGUUAAUGUUGCAUCUUUGUAGCUUGGAUAAAAGGAAAUAACCAGAUUCACUCAGAUAUCCAUCCACAACAGUUUGAUUCUCCUGAUGUACUGCACCUCCCACUAGUAUGUCAAACUGUCCCUUUUGUGUACAUUCAGAUUCAGACCCCUUCGCUUUUUUUCACAUUCUGUUGCUUUGCAUGCUAAAAUAACUUUUAAAUGUGUUUUUUUCCCCAUCACUCGCUCAACACCAAAUGACAAAGCGAAAACUGGAUUUUAAAUGUAUUAAUAAUGGAAAAUAUAAUUGGCACAUUGACACAAAUUUUCACACCCUUUGCUCAGUAGCUGAGUCGGAAUACCUAUAGCAUUAUGGGGUAUUGAUUAUAGAUUGAUGAGGUGAAAAAUGAAUUUCGAUCAUUUUAGCAUAAUGCUGUAUUAUAUCAAAAUGUGAAAAAAGGGGGUCUGAAUACUUUCUGAAUGCACUGUAGUUACAACCAUGUUUUUAAUCAUUCAAGGAGUAACUCAAAUAAAUGAAAAUCUAACAAAAAAAAGAAACGUACUUACAGGGUGGAUGUUGACAGAUGAGCUUUAAUGUCUCUAAAACUGCUUCUGUUAAGAUUCAUUAUGGUAUUAUUAUAAGAUUGAAAGCAUAAACAAGGAAAAGAGUACUUUUUCUUUUUGUCAGUUUGCCUUUUCCCCCGCCAAGAAAAGGGCUGCUGAAGUUUCAAGAAUGUUUAAAAAAAAAAAAAAUGUAUUAAAAAUGCAAGAUUAUGAAUUCAUGUAUGAGGUAUGUCUCUGUUCUGUUUUUGAAGAUACAGUAAGUCACAAAUAGAAACGCUAUUUUCUGGAUUCAAAUUGGCAGAAAGGGAGCCUGUGUGUGUCAUGUACGAAGAAACCCUCACAAGAAUCACAGGUUUUAGAAUUGGUUAGUGAAGUUCACUGAGACAGAAAUCAACUUUACUUUGAAAUGCUCUACAUGUGACACUGGACACACACUGGUCAGCCCUCUCUUCUGCCCAGCCGCACCUCCAGUUAGACUAACAGUAAAGAUACUUAGUCUUUUGGCAUGUGGUAGAAAGUAAUGUUCUGUAUUAGAUAGCUCCUGUAGACACCUUGACAUACCUACCAACUAAGUGAAUUAAGGCACGUUUUGAACCAAAUUAUCAUUAGAAAAAAUCUUUGACUAUUUUCUUUCCUAAAAGUGUAGUAUAAAUGCUGAGCAAACAUGAUUUUAAACUUAAAAGACAGAGUUUAUCACUAGACAUGUAACUGUGACUUAAUACAAGACUGCGUUGGUAGAUAUGUAACCCAACUGUGUCUCCCACCUACAGAGGCUUGUCAGCAUCACAGCACUGAAAAGUAGCUUUCUCUAUUUGCAACUUCCAGAUAUACCAGUCACACCAACAUUCCAGCUUAGGAGCGGAAAAAUGAAUUCUUUGUUUACACUCUGCUUUGUAAUGUCUAGAUGUUGUAUUUUGAUUGCUUUUAUUUGAGUUUUUCUGUACUUAUUUCAGUCACAUGUUCAAAUCUGCCAUUGAAAACUGAGGAAAUAGGCAAAAACAAUCUACUUUUCAGUCCUGUGGAGUGGAUCCACUGUAGUGUGCUGUAUUAUACUGUAGGGCACAACACCAUAACCAGAGCAUGCAGACAACAACAAACUGCUGGUUGUCAGAGGGAUUUGUCCUAUUAGAUAGAGCUCAUCUCCCCCUGCAAUUCUGAAUAUUUGGUAUGAAAGAGGUGUUCCUUGUGAUUAAUUGUUAACCUGUGAUGUGAAUAUUAAUCAUGAAAUAAAAAGAUGAGCAAAA